AUUGACAUAUGCCACGAAGAAGGCGACUUCCGUUGUGCUGCCGAAGAGCUCAUCUCCUUGGCCGGUGUUGAGUGUGGGGGUGCUAAGUCGUGUUCAGCUGAAAUCAACAAGAUGUUGUUCGAUCUUUGUCAAGGACAACAGACCUGUUCAACCCUGAGCAUCGGGCUCAUGGUCACCUCCAGCUGUAGACAGGAUGGUACGGGUUCAGUCCGAGUCAGGUUUCAUUGUGUGCCAGGGACAACGAGCUCGUGUAUUUCAAACAUCUGCAGUGACCGUAGUGAGGGUCUCACAUGUCCCCCAGGUCAUCUGGUUCACUUGCGGCAAAUGACCUGCUCGUCAACGACUGGCGUAUGCUCACGGAGUGUAUACACAAAUAUGUUCCUGUGUGAAGGAGUCAGUAGAUGUGCUGCUUCAGGUCUGAAAACGUUGAUUUCGGAAAACUGCAAUCAUCGGGAGGAAGAGAAGAGAAAUGUCAUCACUCACUACUUCUGUGUACCAGAACAACGGAUAGAGAAUAAAUGCUCUUCAGAGAGAUUUCACGUUUUAGACCAGGAGUUUGGAGUUCUGCGGUCGUCAGAUUUUGAUCCCACCAGAAGACAUCUCAGAAACGACUGCAAAUGGAUUAUCAACCCAAUCAGAGGAAAUGUAGUCAAAGUUACCGUGCAUCUGGUCAGCACGAAGAUUUCCAGAGCCGGUUACUGCAGUAGCAGAUCCACAAUCUCCAGGUCGUUCUGUAUUGUGGACGCUUCCAGUGUUGAGCUGAUCUCAUGUGGCCAGGUAAAGAUCUGGAGUUCUUUGCCCCAUGGAGAGGAGUCUGUGGACAGAUUUAUUGUGUCCUUUCAAAGAUAUAACUCAAGCAUCCCGAAUGCAGAACCAUCGGGUUUACCGAGCUGUGUUGCUCCAGGGUUGACAAGCACAACACACUUACAGCAACUGCCCAUAGCCCCAAUUCAGCUGUUUUCCAAAGCUCCAGUUGUGACGUCUCCAAGACUGCCAACUCUAACCCAGAAUUAUGGCCCCAGCGAUGGCGUGUUUGAAUACAGAGAUGCUAUGCUUGAUGACGGUGUUACCGGUCCUGACAACAACACAAAGCCAAACAAAUUAUCUAAACAUUUCA